GCCUUUUCUCCCCCAUUUCUUUCCUUCCUAACCUACCCCAGGCGACAGCGGCUCCGCUCCGCUUGGCCUCUGCGGUUUUUGCCAUUUCCCCCAACUCCGCCGACCCACUCCACUCAUCAGCUUCGCGCAGGCCAGAUCCACCCUCGCCUAGUCUCCUCCAUGGCCGCCGACGCCGACACGGCGGCCGCCGCACGUGCCCUCCUCCUCCUCGCCGUCUCCGUCGCGGCGCUCCUCCGCGCCGGCGAGGCCUCGGUGCACGAGUACACCGGCCUCGGCUUCCUCAACAAGGGCAAUGCCUUCAUCCUCCACGCAGGCAGCGAGGGCCUCUACGCCCCCGUCUCCCCCGCCAAUGCCACCGCCGAGGAGGAGGACGACGAGGCCGCCGCCGCCGCCGCCCCCGACGCCUUCAUACGGUUUGACAAGAUUACUUUUAGGAGGCCAGAGGAGGCCAAUGAUUCUGUGAAAGAGACUAGUUCAUCUAAGGUUCAGAUACUUGUCUUUGAAAUAGAAGAUCGUGAAAUGAUUGGUGGAUCGGCGUAUGGAGGUCAAAAAGCAAUUUGUUGUACAUCAGAUCUUGCAAAGUUGGGAGCUUGCGUCGAAGGCUCUGUCAUCUACCGCCCGUCGCAGGUGAAUCCUGGUUGGCCACAGUUGUUUGUUGCUUCUUUUGAUGGAAGUGAUCUGAUUGCAACGCUGCCUUCAAGGACCAUUCCAGUAAAGAAAACUGGGAUGUACAAUAUGUACUUUAUACACUGUGACCCGGCACUUGCUGGACUGGAAAUCGACGGGAAAACCAUAUGGAAAAAUCCUACUGGCUACCUUCCAGGUCGGAUGGCACCUCUUAAGAACUUUUUUGGACUGAUGUCAUUUGCUUUCGUGAUACUUGGUAUCUAUUGGUUUUAUCAAUACAUGAAGUUCUGGCGAGAGGUUCUUCCACUUCAGAACUGUAUUACUCUUGUUAUUACAUUGGGCAUGCUUGAGAUGGCAUUGUGGUAUUUUGAAUAUGCUGAGUUCAAUGAGACUGGAGUUCGGGCAAAGGCCAUCACAUUUUGGGCUGUAACAUUUGGGACUAUUAAAAGAACAGUGGCUCGUCUUAUUAUUCUCAUUGUCUCGAUGGGGUAUGGAGUUGUGAGGCCUACUUUGGGUGGUCUGACAUCGAAAGUGGUCAUGCUUGGAGGAACAUUCUUUGUAGCUACAGAAAUUCUUGAGCUAGUGGAAAAUCUAGGCACUGUGAAUGAUCUGUCUGGAAAAGCUCGUCUAUUUUUAGUCUAUCCAGUGGCCAUCUUGGAUGCUUCAUUCAUUGUUUGGAUAUUUAUUUCUCUAGCCAAGACCCUUAGCCAACUUCAGGCAAGAAGGUUGAUGGCCAAACUUGACAUUUAUAGGAAAUUCACUAUUGCAUUGGCCAUUACUGUUCUGGUAUCUAUUGGCUGGAUUGGCUAUGAGAUCUACUUCAAAUCGACUGAUGUGUUCAAUGAGCGGUGGCAGUAUGCAUGGAUAAUUCCUGCUUUCUGGCAUGCCCUAUCAUUCUCACUUCUUUGCGUCAUUUCCUACCUGUGGGCACCUUCUCAGAGCUCAAUGAGAUUUACCAAUGAUGCAAGUGAAAAAUUUGAUCGAGAAGACAGCCUAUCAUUAAUAAGGCCAAGGCCCAUUGUUUCCAAGAACGGGUGGAGCGUAACUUCCGCACCAGAUGCCAAAGCAACGAACAACACGAACACCGUGGCAUCUUUUGACGAAGACGACGAGGAAAACAAAAGGGAGUGACGCAUCUGCCGAAGGAGAGAGCAUUCCACCCACAUAAGAUCCCUUGAAUUGGAUGUGCUAGAACAGUUUUGGUAUUUAGCAGAGGACAGGCCGUGCUAAUUCUAGUCGUUUGGAUACGGUCCUUGGAGGCGUUUCUUUCAUGUUAAAUCCGUUAUCCCUCCACUAGGUUUAUUCACACAGAGCCUGCAUCACUGUAGUCUGUAAGGAUGAUUAUAUGUGAUAGGAACAAUUCAUCUGAGGCGUUAUUUUGAGAUGUAUGGUGUAUAAUGGUUUCAUUUGUAGAUCUCAUGUUGCUUCUAGUUUAUGUGAAGACUGAUGUUGGCAGCAAGUGCAAUUAUUUAUUGCUA